AUGAACGAUUAGAAGAAUUGCAAAUUCUUCAUAAAUAAUACUUUGAAAAUUAAUACAGAAAUUGUAUUGUAUAAUAUCUUGGCAAAUGAAUAUUUCGAAAGAAAUUACUUUAUAAAUGGCUAAUCAUUUAUAUUUAAACCCUUGAGAUUCUCCAUAAUAAUUAACUAUGUCAAGGUUAAUUUCCAUUAAAAAAAAGUGAAUGUAACUUUCAUAUGCUUAUGA